GUAUUAUAAAGUACUACUCAGACAACAAAAAACUGAACUGAUAAAAUAAUAGUACACAGUUUCAUUUCAGUUCUGUUUCAUAUCAGAUUCACAUUCUUCUUCAUUCUCUCUGCUCCAAAUCUAUUCAUUUUCCCAAUGAAUUGCCUUCAAAAUCUUCCCAGAUCAUCUGGUUUACCACUUAGAAGCUUCACAGGCAAUUCAAGAAAGCCUUUUUCCACUGUUGUUUCACUGGGGAUGACAAAAUUUGCUUAUCAGCGUCUAAGUGUUGUGGCACAGGUAGUAUCUGGUCCUGAAUCUACUACCGAGAAGGAUGAGACAGAGAAGGAUGCGGGAAAAUCUGAUACAUACAGUAAUGACAUGACUGCAGCUAUGGGGGCUGUCUUAACCUAUAGGCAUGAGUUAGGAAUGAACUACACCUUCAUCCUGCCAGAUUUGAUUGUUGGGUCAUGUCUACAGACUCCUGAGGAUGUGGACAAACUUCGCAGCAUUGGAGUAAAAACUAUUUUUUGCUUGCAACAAAAUCCAGAUCUCGAAUAUUUUGGGGUUGAUAUCAGUGCAAUUCGUGAAUAUGCCAACAAAUGCGGUGAUAUUGAACACUUGCGUGCCGAAAUAAGGGAUUUUGAUGCAUUUGAUUUGAGGUUGCGGCUUCCAGCGGUAAUGAGCAUACUGACGAAAGCCAUCAAUAGAAAUGGGGGUGUGACUUACAUACAUUGCACCGCUGGACUUGGCAGAGCUCCCGCAGUUGCGUUGACUCACAUGUUCUGGGUUCAAGGCUAUAAGCUUAAUGAUGCUUUCGAUUUACUCGUGAGCAAGCGCUCCUGCUUUCCAAAACUAACUGCCAUCAAAAGUGCCACAGCAGACAUCCUUACAGGCCAUAAAAAGACGCCUGUCACAUUGACAUGGCAUGGUGUUAAGUGUACUACAGUGGAAAUAUCUGGACUUGAUAUUGGCUGGGGCCAGAGAAUACCCUUGGAAUUUGAUGCAGAUCGAGGUUUGUGGACUCUCCAUAGGGAAUUGCCUGAAGGGCACUAUGAAUACAAGUACGUCGUUGAUGGUGAAUGGACAUGUAAUGAGUUUGAGCCCAUCACUUCUCCCAACAAAGAUGGACAUGUCAACAACUUUGUAGAGGUUCUUGACGACAAUUCAGACAGUACCCGUGCAGCAGUUCGGAAGAGGCUCACUGGUGAUGACCCUCAUCUUACUUUAAAUGAAAGGCUCAUAAUUAGCCAAUUUCUCGAAGCUUAUCCAGACGUAGAAUGAAGGGAAUGCAUAUCAUAACUUACUAUGCACUUUGUAAUUGUAAACAAGCCAAUAAUCUGCUAUAACUCAUGCAAUUCAAUAAAUCAUGCAGUGUAAGAUAUAGCUGUUUGUAGCAUGACCACACGAGUUGUAUGAUACGUUUUUAGGAACGAACACAGUUUUAUGCUUUAGUGAAGUAACUAUUCCAUCA